AUGACAUUGAAAGGGGAAGAUUAUAUCGAUCAAGAGUAUUAUGUUUACAAUUGUCGAUUUUUUCGAAUUCUCGGUUUAUGGGAAUAUCAGAGAUCGCUUAAGCAAUUCUUUUACGUUUGUACGAUUAAUAUUUUGAUAGCCAUUGGAUUAUAUCAACAGAUUUAUACGCUUUUGACGUCAAAAGGACAUAUAAUAUCGAUCAUUAAAUUAUUGGAAAUUACAUUGCCAACUUUAUGCUUUGGAUCUUGUUAUUACAAUUUAUUAUUGAACGGCGUAAUUAUGAAACAAAUUAUGCACCGUAUCAAAUGCGAUUGGGACGAUCUAACGACUAAGGCCGAAUUAAUAAUAUUGAAAAAAUUUUCCCGACUGAGCAGACUGUGCACGAUUACUAUUGCAAGUUGGCAAUAUAAAAUAAAAAAUUUAUGUUUCUAUCUUUACAUAGCAUUUUUGAUAUUUCCAUCGUUGUUAUGUAACAUACGAUACAUUUAUGGUGCCAUAAAUGAAACCGAAUUAUUAUUACCAAUUUCUUAUGGCGUUAAAACUCAAAUGUUAUAUUAUAUGGAACUUUUAAUGCAAUGGAUUAAUAUAACCACACUUUGUACAGUUGGAAUUGCUAAUUAUUCGAUGUUCAUAGCAGUUAUACAGCAUGCAUGUGCACUUUUUAAUAUUAUCGUAUGGAGAGUAAAUGAAAGAUUUAAAAAGGAAUCACAUUAUUCUUAUCAAUCAAGCAUGAAAACUGAAUUAAUUGAGGAAAAUGAAUGGAUAAUCGAUAUCAUAAAAUUUUAUAACAACACGAUCGAAUUUGUCAAUUUAAUUAAAGCGUUUUAUGAAAGGAGCCACCUCUUCGAAAUUUUCCUGGCCACGAUUUUUAUCAUGAUAGAUUAUUUUUACAUACUCCAGAUACUUUCUUUUGAUCUAACUAAUAUCGAAAGAUUGACAAAUAUGUGUUACAUCGUUGCAUCGUUAUUCUGUAUAUAUGCAUACUUUCAUUUUGGACAAAAAUUAAUUGACAACAGCAUCGACGUAUCACUGGCAUUUCGUCAGAUACCGUUCUAUGUUUUAUCAUUGAAAACGCGAAAAGUAUUGCUCUUUUUGAUAAUGAAAAGCAUGAGACAAUGUAAUCUUACGGUCGAAGGAAUGAAAGAAAUAUCCCAUUAUUUGUUUGCUAUGAUAAUGCGCUCGUCAUUUUCAUUCGCUAUGGUAUUCUAUAAUUUAAAACAAAUUUAA